UGCCUGCUUUGAGGGGCUAAGUGUUGUGACUCCAGGGUGAGUAAGUGUGGAUUACUGCAUGUGGGCAUGCCUGCUGCAAGACCCUGUGUGAGCUGCUGAAAGAUCAGAUGUUGAACAAGAUGUCUUCGCUUGGACUGUGGCUUGGUGUGCUGGUGGGUCUGUGCAUUGGGCACUCACAUGGAUGGUUUUGGUUUGAUGACUCAAAGGACAACAGCCCGGGCACUCAGACACCAAACUAUUUGACUACUUUGGGCACAAGCGUUCCAACAACAGUACCUACAAGAGAACACCUGAGGACAAAAGGCACAGAUGCUUCCGAUGUGGAUGUCCUUGCUAAGGGUGAGGAGAUGGGGAGUGGAGGGGGCUCUAGAGUUGGUUCAGCCAGGAAUGAGCAGUCAAAGGCAGAGGUAGAACAUGGUUCUGGGUUAGAGUCUGGCUCUGGAUCUGGAUCAUUGUCUCUUUCUGGGUCUGGGGUUGAACCUGCAUCUGGGCCUACACUUAAACCUGCCACUUUGUCCCCUCUGUCGGAAGACCAGGAAAUCAACAAUGUUCAAACCAAUUUGUCCAUUGGUGGGGAUAAUAUCCAUCUUCUUGCAGAGGAUACUAAGCUGGAGAAGAAUCUGACCAAAGCGGAUCUCUCUCAAAUGGAUGAACACAUUGGCAAUGUUGCUGGUUCACCUGGUGACCCCAUUACAACAGAGAGAGGUGUUUCGCUCUCACAGCUGAUUGGUUACCCUCUUCCUGAAGGCGUCACCAAGAGUUAUGAACCAGACCCUGGCUUUGUGCUCGAUCAGAGCUCCAAGACUGGUCAGCUGGCCCGGGUGCACCUGCCCACAUCUUUUUACCGUGACUUCUCCCUCCUGUUCAACCUGAAGCCCACUUCUACCAAAGCUGGAGUCAUCUUCUCAAUAACCGACACCAACCAGAAAAUCAUGUACGUCGGAGUGAAGCUUACAGCCGUGAAGGACAGAAAGCAGAAUAUUGUCCUGUUCUACACUGAGCCAGACUCCCAGGCAUCCUAUGAGGCUGCAAGCUUCACUGUUCCCUCCCUUGUCAACUACUGGACUCGUUUCUCCAUCAGCGUGUUGGACGAUCAAGUCACCCUGUACCCCAGUUGUGACUCGGAGCCCCAGGUGCUCCGCUUUGAGCGUUCUCCAGAUGAAAUGGAGUUGGAACCAGGAGCCGGGAUCUUUGUGGGUCAAGCUGGAGGAGCUGAUGACGAUAAGUUUGUGGGUAUUAUUGGAGAUCUGAAGGUGGUUGGAGACCCUCGUGCAGCUGAACGGUAUUGUGAGGAAGAAGAGGAUGAUUCCGAUGGAGCCUCGGGUGAUUAUGGAAGCGGUGAUUACGAAAACAAGUACACAGUCUCGACCACAAGUCAACCUUCCAGCCCCUUACAGCAACCGCCAGUAAACCCUACUGUGGUAACAGUGAGCAAGGAUGUGCCCAAAGUGCUAACAGGCAUAGGUGAAGCUCGGGGAGAAAAAGGUGAGAAAGGAGAGAGAGGACCCAAAGGAGACCGUGGUCCUGAGGGGCCCAAGGGAGAUGCAGGGUCCAUGACCGGAUCUGGAGGCGGUGCUAAAGGAGAGAAAGGUAGCCUAGGAGAAAAAGGAAUGAAGGGUGCUGCAGGAUUUGGCUAUCCUGGACCAAAAGGUGACCAAGGACCUCCUGGUCCUCAAGGUCCCCCUGGUCCUCCCGGGCCCAGUGCUGACGUAGUGGAGAGGGGAGACGGCUCAGUAGUGCAACGUAUAGCAGGACCGAGGGGACCUCCAGGACCUGCAGGACCUCCAGGGCCAGCAGGGCCUGAAGGAGAACCUGGUGACCCUGGUGAAGAUGGAAUUGCUGGACCACCCGGACAACCUGGAUUCCCAGGAACUCCUGGAGAUACUGGAGCUAAAGGAGAAAAAGGUGACAAGGGUGAAGGUCAUCCCGGACCCAGGGGACCACCAGGACCUCCGGGACCUCCAGGACCCCCGUCUCGCUCAGACAGGCCUACAUUUGUGGACAUGGAGGGCUCUGGCUUUGGUGAUCUAGAGGGUGUGCGGGGAUUGCCUGGUUUGCCUGGUCCUCCUGGCCCACCUGGCCAACCUGGGCUUCCAGGACCUGUAGGUCCUGCUAGUGCUACACAUGCUACUGUUUCUGGUGUGUCUGGACCUCCUGGUCCACCUGGAAAGGACGGUACUCCAGGACAACCGGGACUUCCAGGUCUCUCGGGUGCUGAUGGAAAACCCGGCCUGCCUGGCCCUAAAGGAGAGAAGGGUGAUACCGGCGAGCUCGGCUUACCUGGAGCUGUGGGAGAAAAGGGUGCACAGGGGCCUCCUGGUCUUCCAGGAACACCCGGAGAGCCUGGCCUCGCUGGCCUUCCAGGACCAAUGGGACCCGUGGGACCACCUGGGCCUCCAGGGCCGGGCUACCGUGCUGGAUUUGACGACAUGGAGGGUUCAGGUGUAAACUUUUUCAGUGGCGUGCCUGGAGUCAGAGGACCAGAAGGCAUACGGGGUCCACCUGGUCUGCCUGGUCAGCCUGGUAUACCUGGGCAGAAAGGAGAGAAAGGCAGCGAGGGACUUCCGGGAACAGGUGGCCAUCCUGGACUUGAUGGCUUCCCUGGACCACAGGGACCCCAGGGAGAGCGUGGAUUUAAAGGAGAGAAGGGUGAUCCAGGUCGCGAUGGUACUGGCCAUCCAGGCCCUCCAGGACCACCUGGACCUCCAGGACAAAUCAUCUAUCGGUCUACGGAUGAACAUGAUACUGUGGUUGAAGGACGUCUGUCUGGCAUCCCUGGUAAAGCAGGAUUCCCAGGCCCGAUGGGACCAAAGGGUGAGAGAGGAGACCCAGGUGCUCCAGGACAUGGCAUUAAGGGUGAGAAAGGAGAACCUGGAGUGGUUAUUGGACCUGAUGGAAGCCCUCUGUUUCUUGGUUCAACAGUUGGUCAAAAGGGGGAGAGGGGACCUGCUGGACCAGUUGGACCCCCUGGAGCAUAUGGUCCUCCUGGCAUGAAGGGUGAGAUCGGGAUGCCAGGCAGGCCUGGUCGACCAGGUAUCACUGGAAGUAAAGGAGAAAAAGGAGAGUCAGGCUCUGGCUCAGGAUAUGGUUAUCCUGGUCCACCUGGGCCUCCAGGCCCUCCAGGUCCCCCAGGACCCCCAGCAUACCCUACAGCUGUGGAGAGAUUUAAUAGAUAUGAAGACUCUGGAAGAGUGUAUCCUGGUAUGAAAGGAGAGAAGGGAGACCGUGGGACUCCUGGUAUUCCUGGGGCGCCAGGUAACUUUGACAUUUACACUCUGAAGAACGAACUGAAGGGUGAGCGUGGAGACACCGGACUGAAAGGAGAGAAGGGCGAGCCGGGCGGACACUACGGUUCUCCCUACGGAGGUGUUCAGGGACCACCAGGACCUCCCGGUCCAAAAGGAGAUUCUAUCAUAGGGCCUCCAGGUCCACAGGGUCCACCAGGACCUCCUGGUGUUGGUUAUGAAGGCCGUCCAGGAACCCCAGGCCCACCAGGACCUCCCGGCCCACCUGGUUCACCCUCAUUACCUGGCGCUCACAGGCCAACAGUCAGCAUUCCUGGCCCUCCUGGUCCUCCUGGUCCACCUGGUUUGCCUGGCCAGAACGCUGGAGUGACAGUAGUGAGAACAUUUGACUUAAUGCUCGCAACAGCACAGAGACAACCAGAGGGUGCUCUCAUCUACAUAGUGGACAAAAGUGAUCUCUAUGUCAGAGUGCGUGAUGGCGUCAAACAAGUCAUGCUUGGGACUUAUAGCCCCUUCUACAGAGAUUCAAACAACGAGGUGGCAGCAGUACAGCCUCCCCCGGUAGUGCACUACUCUCAGAGCCACUCAGCAAAUAACGGAGCAGGGCAUUACUCCCAUGUUGUUGAAACUCCAGUCCGGCAGCCGGAGAGCCACGGGAGCGAGCAUUUUCAACCAGGCAGUGAUCCACAGUACAACAUACACUACUCCUCUCACCCAGACACCAGGUACCCACCUCAGCCGGACCACAGAUAUCCGUCCCACACUCAUCAGGAGUACAUCCCUGUACAGCCAGAGAGGUACCCCAUCGCCCCGAUCCAAAGACCCAGCACACCCGUCCAUCAGCCUGAGGGUCAUGUACACACAUCAGGACCGGGGCUGCAUCUGAUAGCCCUGAACAGCCCUCAGGUGGGGAACAUGAGGGGCAUCCGUGGCGCAGACUUCCUGUGCUUCCAGCAGGCACGUGCUGCAGGCCUGAAGGGAACGUUCAGGGCUUUCCUGUCCUCCAAACUGCAGGAUCUCUACAGCAUCGUUCGCAAAUCUGACAGAAACACAUUGCCCAUUGUCAACCUCAAGGACCAAGUGCUGUUCAGCAGCUGGGAAUCACUGUUCGGGGAUUCAGAGGGCAGGAUUAACACCAACGUACCCAUAUAUUCGUUUGAUGGCAGAGAUAUCCUCAGGGACAGUGCUUGGCCAGAGAAGAUGAUCUGGCAUGGCUCCAAUGGUAAGGGUCACCGUCAAAUGGAUAACUACUGUGAGACGUGGAGGACGUCAGAUCACGCCGUGAUGGGUCUGGCCUCAUCUCUGCAGGCUGGCCAGCUCCUACAGCAGAAACCCAGCAGCUGCUCCAACAACUUCAUAGUGCUGUGUAUCGAGAACAGCUACAUCAUACAGUCUAAGAAGUAAAUGAUCCAUCAGUCUUAUAUAGUGCAGACCACAUUAGGUUAACUGUCUGGGCAGAUUUUUUUUUCUUCCAAUUUUCCACCCUGUUUAUAACGUGAAAAACAAAAAGACAGAGCCUGGGUCUGCAUCGCAGAGAGGCUGCCCGCUGUCCUCUGGUUCCUUUUAUAAUGCCAACAAGACAGGCUGUUGGCGCUGUCUCCCGGCAUUGGCACAUAUUUUGUAGGAGGGGUUUGAACCAGAGAGGACAGGAAAUGCAGAGAGGCAGGGUUUUCAAUUGUAUUUUCCAUAUAAAAUUGUAUAUGAAAUGUUUGUCGUUCCUGUUGGUUUUUAUGUUUCUUUAUAAAAAAAUGUCUUAAGUGGUAUAUUUAACCAGUUGUAGCUACAUAUUUUGUGUAACUUUGUUUUUGUUAAUUGCUUCCAUUCUCAUUCAAGGAUUUUUGAAAAUUAAGGGGCAGACGUGACUAAAACCGUUUUAGAUUUUACAAAGAGAGUAAAUAUUUAUUUUGUGCUAAAAACAAAACAAAGAAAACCCUAAGUGAUGAAUUUGAAAUGUAGAAUACUGUUUUAUUCUAUUUUAGCUAGCACUUUUUGCAGGAUAUGGCUUGUAUAUACACAGGUGCAAGUGUGAACCUAAAAUAGGCUUUUCCUAAACCAUGGCCACAAAAGACUAGUUUUGUGAUUCCUUGAAUAUUGCAGUAUUUAGCCCCUGAAAUACUACACGCAAAUGUCACUUGUACGUAGACUAUGGGAUCAAAAUUAUAUGAAAUAUGAUCCGUGGAAAAUUAAUAUGGACUUUAUUCUCUGUGUUAUUGUUUUUUUUUUUCAUUCCAGACCACUUAUACAGGAAAUGUAAAAAAAAAAAAAAAAAAAAAAAGAAGAACAAUCUCCAUAUAUUUCAGAGAACAGUAAAGGAGUUAAAGGUGCUUUUAAUUGGAAAUCAGUACCACUUCAAACUGCAAUCAUUCACCACUAAGUGGGAAACUCAUUCAGUUGCUGCUUUCUGAAAAUUAGACAUGUACGUUCAGUACAGAGAGUAAUUUAUGAAAUGACGUGCUUUUAUAAUACGUCUGUAUGAAAUCUCAAAUGCUAACUCUGCUGUAGAGGUGAUGAUAUAAGUAUGGCCCUGUGGAACUCACAUCCUUUUUGUAACUGUUUUGUGCUUCAUCAUUUUUACAUGGCACUGAAUAAAUGAUUUUUCACCAUUCACAUGAAAAAAA